AUGUCCCUAGAAGCAGCAUUAGCAGAAGAAUCCAGCUCAGUGUUGAAAAGGUUGGAUCCUAGACAGACUAAUGUCUCCAGAGUGCGUAAUGCAAAUGAUCGUUCACUAUCACCUCAUAGUCAAUUGAGGUCAACUUCAAGAGGUAGGGACCGUGGUAGAUCAAGUUCUCGUCGUGCCACUUCAAGAGCAAGAUCACAAGGGGAAGAUGUAAACUACAAAUGGUCAAUUUUAUUUCAUGAUCCUUCAGAAAGAUUUGUUAAUUUAGAAAAACCAAAGAAUCGUGGUAAAAAUGAUAUAAAUUCUGAUGACGAAGAUGUUGAUGAAGAUGAUAUUAGUGAAGAAGAACAACUUAGUGAUGAGGAGGACGAUUUUGAUUAUGAUCUGAAUGAUUUAAAAAUGCCCAAUUAUCGCCUGUCAAUUAAUGAGUACUUCAAAGGAAGAUCUGCAACAUCUAAUAAUAGUUCUAAUGCGGCGGCCAAAGGUCCAUCAACAGCCACCAAGUUGGUUAAUAGUGUUGCUAAGAAUUUACAUUUAACUACACAUGAAGACCAACACAUAAAGAAAGAGGGUGAAAAAUUAGAACAGUUGAGUGAAGUAUUAGCAUUGGAGAAAGGUUUACAAGAUGCAAAGAGUUUGGGGAACAAAGUUCCAAAAGAAACCAUUGCUGAAGUUUCCAAAAGACUAAAUGAUAUUGGAUUUGAAGGUGAAAGACUGUCAGUGAAUGACUUGGUUGAGCUAGAGAAUGCUAAAGAUUCCAAAUAUGAAGAAUAUAAAAAGACUUUGAUUGAUGAAUCUAAACUAUCAGAAGUUGAUGCUCAAGACGAUGAUGAGGCUGUGCCUCCAAAGGAAGAAAGAAUUAAAGAAUCAGAGAUUGAUGUCAAUGAAGAAAAUUUAAGAGUUUCAAGAACUAUGACCCUUGGGAGAUUUUUCACUAAAGGUUUAAGAAAUGAUUCAAUAGCUUCUUAUUUACUAUACAUGGAUCUAUCACCAGAAUCAGUCAAUUCAUUACAAUAUACACUCGGUGCAGUUGUUAAAUCUGGUGAUGUUUUAUACAUUAUCAAUUCUGUCAAUGAUGAAGAUGAUAUUGAAUUUUACAAGAGACAAUCUCAAAGGUUGACUGAUCUGAUAAGAAUUUAUUUGAAUCUGAUUCAAGAUCCAAAAUUCAAGUUACAUGUUGUUAUUGAAUCUCUGAAUCAAACUUAUCCAAAACAUUUCUUGAAUGAAUUGAUCAAAUAUUUAAAACCAAGAUUAUUGAUUGUUUGUUAUAAGUUAAUCACAUCUGAACUAAACAACUAUAUAUCUAAUGUUCCAAUGAUGAUUGUCAAGAGAAGAGCAAAGAGAAGAAGAUCUGCUGUUUAG